GACAACAGAACUUCAACAAUGACUUUGAUUAUGAGAUUCUUGUGGAUAUUGAUGUUCUUAAUUCAGGAAUCCAGAGGACAGGUCACUGUGACUCAGACUCCUACAGUGGAAACUGUUCUCCCAGGACAGACAGUCUCUCUGAACUGUAAAACCAGCAGUAAUGUGUAUGGUAAUUGUUACAAUGGUCAGUCAUCGGGCCAUCAGUGUCUAUCCUGGUACCAACAGAAACCAGGAGAAAAACCCAAACUCAUGAUGCUUCCAGGGAACACACUCCAUUCUGGGACUCCAUCUAGAUUCAGUGGCGGUGGAUCUGGGAGUGACUUCACUCUGACCGUCAGUGGAGUCCAGGCUGAAGAUGCAGGAGAUUACUACUGUCAGAGUUACCACAGUGGUAAUGUGUUCACACAGACCCCCUCCAUCACCUCUGCCCUGUCCACCUCCCAGAUCACCAACAACCCCUGGGGGGAUUCCAGAGAGCAGCAGGUGAAGCAGGAGACUGGAGACCUGUCCUUCAUGACAACAGAACCCACAACAACCAUGACUUUUAUCACCAUUUUCAUCUGGAUAUUUGCCUUCUGUCUCCAAGAGUCAAGAGGCCAGUACAUUUUGACUCAGACCCCCGCAGUGAAAGCUGUUUCAGUGGGUCUCUCAGUCAGUCUCAGCUGUAAGACCAGCAGCGCAGUAUACAGUAACAGCAAUGGACACUAUUUGGCCUGGUACCAACAGAAACCUGGAGGAGCUCCUAAACUCCUAAUAUACUUAGCUAAAACCCUUCAGUCUGGGACUCCAUCUAGAUUCAGUGGCAGUGGAUCUGGGAGUGACUUCACUCUGACCAUCAGUGCAGUUCAGGCUGAAGAUGCAGGAGAUUACUACUGUCAGAGUGAACACAGUGGUGGAGUGUUCACACAGUGA